AGACCCUCGGGAGCUUACAUGGCCCUCCCCAAGUCCGCGCCUGGCCCUGGGGCCCAAAAUAGCCUCUGGCGCCGGCCUCCCCACCAGAUUCGGGCAGAUGGCGGCGGCCCCACAGCCUGUGCCCGUCCCUGCCGGAGGCGCUCCGUACAGAGAGCCGCCUCCAACCCGUUUCCACGAGGUCCAUGGGGUCAACAUUCGCGUGGACCAGUCGGGGACGCGGGCCACCCGCGUGGAGAGCUUCGCGAACGGCCUGUGCUUCAGCCGCGAGCCGCUGGCGCCGGGCCAGGUGUUCCUGGUGGAGAUUGAAGAGAAGGAGCUGGGCUGGUGCGGCCACCUUCGCCUGGGCCUGACCGCCCUGGACCCCGGCAGCCUGACCCCCGUGCCCGAGUACUCGCUGCCCGAUCUGGUCAGUCUGGGCCGGAGCUGGGUCUUUGCCAUCACUCGCCACCACAACCGCGUGGCCACCGAAGGCCAAGAGGAGGAGCCGCCGGGCCGCCUACCGGGCCUGCUGGACGAGCCCUAUUUGCACAUCGAGCAGCUGCGGAUCCCCCGCGACCGCCUGGUGGGCCGCAGCCGGCCGGGCCGCUACAGCCACCUGCUGGACCAGCUCUAUGAGCUUAACGUGCUGCCGCCCACAGCUCGGCGCAGCCGCCUCGGAGUGCUCUUCUGCCCUCGCCCGGACGGCACGGCCGACAUGCACAUCCUCAUUAACGGGGAGGACAUGGGCCCCAGCGCCCGAGGGCUGCCCACCACCCAGCCUCUCUAUGCUGUGGUUGAUGUCUUUGCGUCCACCAAGAGCGUGCACCUGGUCCAGCUGGAAUAUGGGUUGCCUUCUCUUCAGACCCUGUGCCGCAUUGUCAUUCAGAGAAAUGUGAUACAUCGGCUUGCCAUCGAUGGGCUCCACCUCCCCACAGGGCUCAAAGAUUUCUGCAAAUAUGAGUGAGGUUCUCUUUACCUCCAAAAGGCAGCUCUAGGUGCAGAUAGCAGUAAAACUCCUUUGUGCUUGGUAUCAUAACCUCAGGAAUGCCUUCCCCCAGUGCCCUCACAUAUGGCCAAGUCUUUGAAGGAGCUACCCCUACUGGAGAAUGAGCCCCUCAGGGCCACCCUGCUAGAGGUCAUAAUAAAAGGAAUGAUGAUUUCA